CCUAUGGGCAGUAGUAAGUCAGGCAAACGCAAGUCGGAGCGUAAAGAAAGGGAGCGUAGUAAAGAACGGGAUGGUAAUACCCGAUCGCGGAGAUCUAAAGACAAACGUCGGGAUCGCUCUGAGGAAAGAAAACGAUUAAAAAAAAAGAGUAGUAGUUCGCGAGGAAGAGAACAUAAAAGAAAGAAGUAUGAAUAUGACAUAAAGAAAGACGCUGAAGGGAGUCAAGAAAAAAAUCAUUUAGCUCAUACUACUUCCGGACUAACUUCCUCUAUUAUUCCCACAGAUGAAGUGGACAGCAUUAAGGAGAGCCCCGAAGCUAAAGAUGAAAAAAAUUUAAAAGAAACAUUAAAGUCAAAGGAACUUUCUGAAGAGGAAAAAAUAAAUUUAAGAAAAGAAAAACUACAAGCUUGGAGAAAACAAAGAGGUAUAGAAGACAUAGAGGCUUUGAAACCUGCUACUAUAACUUUAACGUCUUCUGCUACUCCGACAACCGACGUGAAUGACGUUUCUGCUUUAGCGUCAAGCGUUAUUGAAGCCAUUAAGCAAAACGAUCAGCUUAAAAAUCAAGAACUUCUUUCUACUUCUAAUAAAAACAAUGAAACUGAAACAGUAGAUGAUUCUUCAAAAGUAGUCAACGAGGAAGAACUAAAAAAUUCAGAAGAAAAAAUCGAUCCACGAGUGAAAAUUAUGAAAGAUGCUGAAGCUAAUUAUUUUGAAGAAAGCGAUCCUGAAGAAAAUACUAAAGUUGAGGAGGAGGAAUCAGAAGAGGAUCCUUUAGAUGCUUAUAUGGUUAAUAUUAAUAAAGAAGUUUCUCAACUAAAAAAAGAAAAUUUAAUCAAAGAAUUGGCUCUUUCGAAAUCUAAUUCAAAAAAGAAAAGUGCAAGCAGUAUUCAAGUUAUGUAUAAUGAUGAAGAUGCUUUAGAGUAUAGUUCUGAAAAUGAGGAAGACUUACUUAAGAAAUUAAAGGAAUCUGAGCCAGCAAAGAAGGAAAUUGCUAAAGUGGAUUAUUCUCAACACGAGUUGUUGUUUACCAAAAAUUUUUAUGUUCCAGUUCCUGAACUACAGCGACUUAGCGAGGAGGAGGUUUUUCAACUUCGCGUUGCUAUGGGAAACGUGCGCGUGAAAGGAAAAGAUUGUCCCGCUCCCGUGAAAAACUGGGCGCAGUGCGGCUUCAGUUCUAAAAUUAUGCGAGUGAUUGAAAAUAAUAAUUAUGAUAAGCCGAUGCCUAUACAAGCGCAGGCCAUCCCUUGCAUUCUCAGCGGGAGAGACGUUAUAGGAAUUGCUAAAACUGGAAGCGGAAAAACUCUUGCGUUUGUAUUGCCUCUCAUUCGUCACGUGAAGGACCAACCGGAUAUACAGGACGGCGAUGGCCCAAUCGGGCUGAUUAUGGCGCCUACGCGGGAACUGAGCGUGCAGAUUUUCCAGGAGUGUAGGAAGUUUGCUCGGAGGGAAAAUUUAACGCCGGUUUGCGUUUAUGGCGGGACUGGCAUUAGCGAUCAGAUUGCUGAACUGAAAAAAGGCGCUCACAUAAUUGUUUGUACACCAGGUCGCAUGAUUGACAUGCUCUGUGCCAAUAAUGGUCGAGUAACAAACCUUCGAAGAGUAACUUUUGUGGUGCUUGACGAAGCGGAUAGAAUGUUUGAUAUGGGCUUUGAGCCGCAAGUAAUGAUGAUUCUCAAUAGUACUCGCGAGAAUAAACAAACUGUUCUUUUUUCUGCGACUUUUCCUAGAGCUAUGGAAGCAUUGGCAAGGAAGGUCCUUAAGGAUCCAAUCGAAAUAACUGUUGGUGGGCGUAGCAUUGUUGGAAAAGAUAUUGCCCAGCAUGUGAUCGUAUUGGACGAGGAGCAGAAAUUUAACAAAUUGUUGGAGUUAUUGGGCCAUUUUAUUACUGAAGGGCUGGUCCUUAUAUUCGUUGAUCGUCAUGAAGCCGCCGAUGCUCUUCUUAAAAAUCUUAUUAAAUGCGGCUAUCCUUGUAUGACUCUCCACGGCGGUAUGGAUCAGGACGACCGUGACAGCGUUUUGUCCGACUUCAAAAAUAAAAUAGUCAGCGUGCUCGUAGCUACUUCCGUUGCCGCACGUGGAUUGGAUGUUAAGGAACUAAAAUUGGUAGUCAACUAUGACGUACCCAAUCAUUACGAAGAUUACGUUCACCGGUGCGGACGGACGGGGCGGGCAGGUAAAAAGGGCACAGCAGUCACGUUGAUCACCCCCGAGCAGGAAAGAUACGCAGGCGAUAUUAUAAAAGCCCUCGAGUCGUCCUUUGCGGCUGUUCCAGACGAGCUUAAAAAACUUUGGGAAAGUUUUAAAGAAAAAAAGAAAUCUGGCCUUGUGAAGGACUAUAAGAGCGGCUUUGGCGGGCACGGAUUUAAGUUUGAUAGCGAAGAAAAGGAAAAGAACAAACAGGAAAAAGAGCUUCAGAAAGCCAUUUCCGGUUUGGUGGACACCGACGAGGAAGAGGAAGAGGAGGAUGACCUCGAUAAGCUCAUCAUGUCCAAAAUGCGCAAGAAAACAGGGCUCUCUGGCUCCAGCGAGAUCGAUAAACUUACGAUGUCUUCCACGAAGUUUGAAGAUGUUAUUGGACGACCUGAAGGAGGGACGAACGUCGUUCAUGACUCUGUUGUGAGUAUUUUUGGCGGGCAGGCAAAGAACCAAAAGAUUGCCGAAGCAUUUGCUCGAGCUCAAGCCAUUAAUAAAAGCAAAAACUUUGGCUCUGCAAAGCCGUUGUUUGGCGGCCAGCAACACUUCUUUGAUACUAAUCAUUACGAUGAGGAAUUGGAGAUUAACGACUUUCCUCAAAAUGUUCGUUGGAAAGUCACACAAAAAGAAGCAGUAGAAAGUAUAACAGAAGAAACAGGAGCGGCUGUUACGGUACGCGGGACUUACGUCCCUCCGAAUAAAGAAACUCCUGAAGGAGAAAAAAAACUUUUUCUUUAUAUUGAUGCUGAUUCUGAAGUCAAAGUCCGCCAUGCGGUCGCCGAGCUUACACGAAUUAUAAAAGAGGAACUUGAGAAAAACAGAAAUCAUGGAAUUAUCAAUCGGCAGCACCAACUUGCGCGUUAUGCAAUCUGUUAA